GAAAAGGAGCAGCUGCCAAGGGUUCUGCAUUUGGUGCUUGGUGCUUUCCCAUAGCAUUUACUCUCCACUUUGACUUCACAUCCUCUGUCCCUCUGGUACCUGUGCAAGUGAAGCCUGUGUGCCCCGUGCAACCCACCUCAGCACACUUCUUCUCCAUCAGUUCUGGAACAGGUGAAAGGUUUGCCCUCUCUGCUGUAGCCUCCUAAGUGUCCUGGGGAUUUUUCUGGAUGUCAUAUAAGGGCAGGAAAUGCAAGGAGCUGCCUGCAGCAAGGGUCAGCUUCCCGGACAUUGGGGAGCGUGGAAGCUGGCUAGCAAGGAAUGGGGGGCAAUGGGCUCCGCUACCUCAGCCCAGGGGAGUGCUGGUGCUGCCGGCAGAGAGCAGCUCUUUUAUGGCCGGUGGGUCCCACAGUGACUGUUAUCGAUUUCACUCCACGUCAGGUGAUGGUAGCCCUUCUAUGAGGCGUGUUACCAUGAUAAGGGAGAAAGGAAGAAGACAGGCAGUCCGAGGCCCAGCAUUUAUGUUCAAUAACAGAGGCCCAAAUCUCACAGCAGAAGAGGAACGGUUUCUGGAUGCGGCAGAAUACGGAAACAUCCCUGUAGUAAGAAAAAUGCUGGAGGAAUCUAAGACCUUGAAUGUCAAUUGUGUUGAUUACAUGGGUCAAAAUGCCCUGCAGCUAGCAGUUGGAAAUGAACAUUUAGAAGUCAGUGAACUGUUACUCAAAAAGGACAACUUGGCACGAAUUGGUGAUGCUCUACUGCUUGCAAUCAGCAAAGGCUAUGUGAGGAUAGUAGAAGCCAUUUUAAACCAUCCAGCAUUUGCUGCAAGCAAAAGACUUACCCUUAGCCCAUGUGAACAGGAACUGCAGGAUGAUGACUUUUAUUCCUAUGAUGAAGAUGGAACACGAUUCUCCCCAGAUAUAACACCCAUUAUUCUUGCAGCUCAUUGCCAAAAAUAUGAAGUUGUGCACAUGCUGUUGGUAAAAGGCGCAAAGAUAGAAAGGCCUCAUGAUUACUUCUGCAAAUGCAGUGACUGCACUGAAAAGCAAAAGCAUGACUCUUUCAGUCACUCACGGUCCAGGAUAAAUGCUUACAAAGGAUUAGCAAGUCCAGCCUAUCUAUCACUUUCUAGUGAAGAUCCGGUACAUACAGCACUGGAACUUAGCAAUGAGCUGGCAAAGUUGGCCAACAUUGAGAAGGAAUUCAAGAAUGACUAUCGCAAGCUCUCUAUGCAAUGCAAGGAUUUUGUGGUUGGUGUUCUUGACCUGUGUCGAGAUUCUGAAGAAGUAGAGGCCAUCUUGAAUGGUGAUGUGGAUGCCGAACCAAUAGAAUCUCAGAGACACCGGCCCUCUUUAAGCAGAGUUAAAUUGGCAAUCAAGUAUGAAGUGAAAAAGUUUGUGGCUCAUCCCAAUUGCCAACAGCAGUUGCUGACCAUCUGGUAUGAAAAUCUCUCUGGAUUGAGAGAACAACCCAUCGCCAUCAAGUGUCUAGUUGUACUGGUCGUUGCACUAGGGCUUCCUUUUCUUGCUGUUGGUUACUGGAUCGCACCAUGUAGCCGGCUUGGCAGAAUUCUUCGCAGUCCCUUCAUGAAGUUCGUAGCUCAUGCUGCAUCAUUUAUUAUUUUCCUGUGCCUGUUAGUGUUCAAUGCCUCAGAUAGGUUUGAAGGCAUUAAGACUCUGCCCAACAUUACGGUCAUUGAAUACCCAAAGCAGAUUUUUAGGGUGAAAACAACAAGAUUUACCUGGACAGAGAUGCUAAUUAUGGUAUGGGUUCUAGGAAUGAUGUGGUCAGAGUGCAAAGAGCUGUGGCUGGAAGGACCCAGGGAAUACAUUCUGCAGCUAUGGAAUGUGCUGGACUUUGGGAUGCUCUCCAUCUUUAUUGCAGCCUUUACAGCCAGACUUUUAGCCUUCAUGCAAGCCACAAAAGCACAACAAUAUGUGGACAAGUAUAUUCAAGAAAAUGAUCUUUCCUUGGUCACGCUGCCACCUGAAAUAGAAUACUUUACAUACGCUAGAGACAAAUGGCUUCCGUCCGAUCCACAGAUCAUAUCAGAAGGCCUUUAUGCCAUAGCAGUUGUUCUCAGCUUCUCACGCAUUGCCUAUAUAUUGCCAGCGAAUGAGAGCUUUGGACCACUGCAAAUAUCACUUGGAAGAACUGUAAAAGACAUUUUUAAAUUCAUGGUUCUUUUUAUUAUGGUGUUCCUUGCAUUCAUGAUUGGGAUGUUUAUCCUGUAUUCUUAUUAUCUUGGUGCUAAAGUGAAUUCUGCAUUUACAACAGUUGAAGAAAGUUUUAAGACCCUCUUCUGGUCCAUAUUUGGCCUGUCUGAAGUAACAUCCGUUGUACUAAAGUAUGAUCACAAAUUCAUUGAGAACAUUGGCUAUGUCCUUUAUGGAAUCUACAAUGUAACGAUGGUGGUAGUUCUUCUAAACAUGUUAAUUGCCAUGAUUAACAGCUCCUAUCAAGAAAUAGAGGAUGACAGUGAUGUAGAAUGGAAAUUUGCCCGCUCCAAGCUAUGGUUAUCUUAUUUUGAUGAUGGAAAAACGCUGCCUCCACCUUUCAGCAUCGUGCCAAGUCCAAAAUCCUUUGUGUACUUUAUCCUAAAAAUCAUUAACUUGUUCAAGUGCAGAAGAAGGCGGCUGCAGAAAGAUACUGAAAUAGGAAUGGGAGACUCCAAGUCUAGGCUAAAUCUCUUCUCUCAGUCUACUACAAGGGUUUUUGAGUCUCGCAGUUUUAACAGUAUAAUUAAUCAGCCAACACGCUAUCAGCAAAUAAUGAAAAGACUUAUAAAGAGAUAUGUGUUGAGAGCACAAGUGGACAAAGAAAAUGAUGAAGUAAAUGAAGGUGAAUUGAAGGAGAUAAAACAAGAUAUCUCCAGCCUUCGCUACGAACUUUUAGAAGACAAAUCGCAAGCUACGGAAGAGUUGUCCUCUUUGAUUCACAAACUAAGUGAAAAGCUAAAUCCGGGAAUGCUGAGAUGUGAGUGAAUGAUGGAGAACGCUACUUGGAAAAACAGCACAAACAGUGGCAAUAAUUUCUAAAGAAAAGGCAUCUUAUACUUGAAAAAAAAGUAUCUGGUAGAAUUAGCACACAACCCUUUAUGUCUUUUGAAAUUACCAUUUUACAGAUCAUUUUUUAUUGUCAUUUUUAUUUUUGUCAAUGGAUUUCAUUCCAAUAGAGAUACACGGCGUGUAGGUUUUGAAUAUGUUUCACACUGUUAAACAAGGGCAGUAUAAUUAUGCCCACAGUAUAAAGGCUAUUUUGCUUUAAUUCCAUUACCAUGUUAAAAAAUAUAUGUUUACAAAACAUCUUUAAAAAAAUAUUAGGCUAAUUAUCAGUUAUGAUAUAAAUAUUAAUGUCUAAUGUUUAUUAAUAUAUUCAGGCGCUAAACAUUUUAUCCAAAAAAAAAAACCUGGGCCUUUGAAAUGUUUGAUCAUGUUAUAGAAUGGUUUCUUAGCAAGCAGCCAUAAAUUUAAACCACCUUGGUCCUUCAGGACUGCACCGGAGACUUUUCUUUCAUUUUUCACCCUGUUUCCAAAAAGUGAGGGGUUGCAUUGCCUUACGUAUUCCUCUGGGAGUGCAUUUGGUGAACGAAUCAGUUUUGCAUGCUAAAGGUAUGAGCAGUGCUACCAUAGACAUGCCAGACCAUAGACAUGCCAGAGAGGUGUACAAUAAACAGGCAGAUACAGAAGUCCAUGGCAUAUGCUCAGAUGGUGACCCACCCUCAAAGCUUUGCUGUAAAUCUGCAGAGAAAUCUAUUUCAUUUCAGAAGUGGCUAUUUCCUCAAUGGAGUAACAUUGUACAAAUGUAGGAGAUGAUAGGCUUGACUGCUGAUGAUUUAGGAAUAAAAUAGCAGUAUGUAAACUAAAACAUUAUUAAAACUAUUAUAAUAAGAUGUUAUUUCUUUCUCUGCUUCCAAUCCAUAAUAAUUUUUAAAAGUCCCAUUCUCUUAGUAUAACUGCUAUCUUAAUAUGCCAUGAAUGUGAAUAAAUUAUUAGUAACUUCAAAGCUAGGUACCUAAACAAUAUUUAAUUAUGCAGUUACACAUUGUUGCAGUAGCAAAACAGGCUAAAUAUUGAUUAAUAAAAAACAUUUUAAAGCUGGAAUAAAGGCCUACUAGCCUAAUGAUAUAGUAGGGCAAGGAGGUAACCAUAUCUGCCACUGGAAUAUUAGGCACAUUGAAGGAGAUUAUAAGAAUUGUGCUCUGCUGAUCAGAGGUUAACUUAAAGCUAUGGAAGACUAAGGGGCUGAUUUACUAAUCCACGAAUCCCGAAUGGGAAAAAAUCGGAUUGGAAACGAACAUUU